AGCGAUAAGAAAUUGUGCAUUACGUUUGUCUCCCCUUCUCUGCCUUGCCACCACCUGUUUACCUUCCUCUUGCAGCUUUGCUCUACGCGUUGCAUUUAAUCUCAUUCGACAAGGACAAGCCAUUCUAUUUUGUUAACGCGGUGGAUCAGUGAUCUGAGGAGAACUCGAGGGGAUUGGAAAUGGGUUUUUCUUGUUUUCUGGAAUUUUUCUGAGUAGGCGAGAGAAGGCGAGAAAAUUGUGAUCUGGGGUUGUUUGGUUCGUGUGGAAGUUUUUGUUUGACUUUUUGGAAGGAGAUUUGAGAUGGGUUUCUUCAGUACCGUAUUGGGUUUUUGUGGAUUUGGAUUUGGAAUUUCUAUUGGUCUUGUUGCUGGGUAUUUCCUCUUCAUCUAUUUCCAACCCAGCGAUGUCCAGGAUCCAGUAAUUCGUCCCCUGGUUGAGCAAGACUCGGAAACUUUGCAGCGGAUGCUUCCUGAGAUACCCCUUUGGGUGAAAAAUCCAGACUACGAUCGAGUUGACUGGCUGAACAAGUUUAUUGCAUAUAUGUGGCCGUAUCUCGACAAGGCAAUUUGCAGGACUGCAGCGAACAUAGCAAAGCCAAUAAUUGCUGAGCAAAUUCCAAAAUAUAAAAUCGAGUCCGUUGAGUUUGAAGCACUUACAUUAGGGUCCCUACCACCAACUUUUCAAGGCAUGAAAGUCUAUGUCACUGAUGAGAAGGAGUUGAUUAUGGAACCAUCCAUAAAAUGGGCUGGAAAUCCUAAUGUCACUAUUGCUGUUAAAGCAUUUGGGUUGAAAGCAACUGUCCAGGUGAUAGAUUUGCAAGUCUUUGCUACACCACGUAUUACUCUGAAGCCCUUGGUUCCAAGCUUUCCUUGUUUUGCCAAUAUCUCUGUGUCUCUCAUGGACAAGCCACAUGUUGACUUUGGACUAAAGCUUAUUGGGGCUGAUCUUAUGUCAAUACCUGGCCUCUACAGAUUUGUCCAGGAGCUUAUAAAGGAUCAGGUUGCCAAAAUGUAUCUAUGGCCCCAAACCCUGGAAGUGCCUAUUUUGGAUCCAACAAAAGCUUUCAAGAGGCCGGUUGGAAUUCUCAACGUCAAGGUUGUGAGGGCCAUGAAACUAAGAAAAAAAGAUAUUCUAGGUGCUUCAGACCCUUAUGUGAAACUAAAGCUCACUGAGGAUAAGCUUCCUGCAAAGAAGACCAAUGUGAAACCCAAAAACUUGAACCCUGAAUGGAAUGAAGAGUUCAGUGUCGUCGUUAAAGAUCCAGAAACACAGGCUUUAGAGCUUCGUGUUUAUGAUUGGGAGCAGGUUGGCAAACAUGAGAAGAUGGGUAUGAAUGUAGUCCCUCUGAAAGAACUCCCCCCUAACGAGCCAAAAGUUGUGACUCUGGACCUCCUUAAAAAUAUGGAUUUGAAUGAUGUUCAAAAUGAGAAGUCACGGGGGCAGCUCGUAGUUGAAUUAACAUACAAACCUUUCAAAGAGGAAGACAUGCCAAAAGGUUUUGAAGAAAGUAAGUCACUACAGAAGGCUCCGGAUGGAACGCCUGCCAGUGGAGGUCUGCUGGUAGUUAUAGUUCAUGAAGCUCAAGAUGUCGAAGGGAAGCACCACACUAAUCCAUUCGUACGGAUUCUUUUCAGAGGGGAGGAGAGAAAGACCAAGCAUAUUAAGAAGAACAGAGAUCCAAGAUGGGAAGAGGAGUUCUCGUUUAUGCUGGAUGAGCCUCCCAUUAAUGACAAAUUGCAUGUGGAGGUUCUCAGCAGCUCAUCAAGGAUAGGCCUGCUGCAUCCAAAGGAAUCUCUGGGCUAUGUUGCUAUCAAUCUUUCAGAUGUUAUUUCCAACAAAAGAAUCAAUGAGAAGUACCAUCUUAUAGACUCCAAGAAUGGUCGUAUCCAGGUUGAGUUACAAUGGAGGACUUAAUGAGCAUAUUUUUUUUUUCUUUCUUUUUGGUUUUCACUUUGCUGAGUUUGGAUAGCACGACAGGGAAGACAUUUUUUUUUUUUGGUCAUCUUUAUACAAUGUCAAUUUGUUUGGUUUUCAUGUACAUGAUUGUAUAACUACAAUUUCGAUUAAUUGCCUCAUUGAGACAUUGAUUUGCUUUGUUUAAACAUUAUCAUAACCCAACGUGUCAAAUGCUUGUAACU